AUGACAAUUUCAAAAUCUUUAAUAAUUAAUGUUUUCACAGGUGGUUCACCAGGAUUAUGGACAGAUCCAAAUGAUACAUCAAGAGAAUUCACAAGAAGUUUAGAUCCAUGGAUCAAAUUAGCUAAGAUAGCUGAAAGAGGGAAGCUCCAUGCUUUAUUCAUUGCUGAUCAUUUAAGUUUUUUUGAUACUUAUAAAGGACCAGGAAAUUAUGGAUUACCUGCAAAAGUUGGUAAAUUUGCUCCAAGAGUUGAUCCUGCAAUCCCUAUUACUGCAAUGGCUCAAGCCACGGAAGGAUUAGGUUUUGGUAUAACUUUCAGUACAGUUGUCGAACAUCCAUAUCAUUUCGCUAGAAGGUUAGCUUCAUUGGAUUUAUUAACAAAUGGUCGAAUUGGUUGGAAUAUUGUUUCAAGUUAUUUAGAUAGUUUGGGACCAAAUUUACUGAAUGGUGAACCUUUACCACAACAUGAUGAAAGAUAUGUUAAGACUGGAGAAUAUGUUGAUGUUGUCCUGAAAUUGUUGUUAUCCUCUUGGAGAGAUGAUGCUGUUAAAUAUGAUAAAGAGAAUGGUAUUUUUGCUGAUCCCGAGUUACUUAGAAAGAUCAAUCAUAAAGGUAAAUAUUUUAGUGUUGAAGGUCCUGGUAUUACUGAACCAACUCCUCAAAGAUUUCCUUUGAUUAUUCAAGCUGGUACUUCAACUAAAGGGAAACAAUUAGCUGCUAAGUAUGCUGAAUUGGUAUUUGUUGAUGGUAGACAUGGUGAAGCACUUAAAGCUGAUAUUAAAGACAUUAGAGCAUUAGCAGAAUCAUAUGGUAGAGAUCCAAAAUCUAUUAAAUUUGUUGCAGGAGUAUUUCCAGUUGUUGGUAAAACUCAUGAAGAAGCAUUGGCAAAAGUUGAAAGAGCUAAGAAAUUUGGUAUACCAGGAUAUGGUGAAGUUGGAUUAAGUGCAGUCUCAGGGAUUGAUGUUAGUAAAUUUGAAGAUGAUGAAGAAGUUGAUGUUGCUAAAUUAUCAAAUGGAUUAACUACAUUAACAAAGAAUAUUAGUAAGAAAUUGAAAAAAAAUAAACCAACAAAGAGAGAAUUAUUAGAUAUUUAUACAUUAGGUAAUAGUAAAAUCAUUGGAGAUCCAUUAGAAAUUGCAGAUGAAUUAGAAAGAUGGGUUGAAGAAUAUGAUGUUGAUGGAUUUAAUUUUUGGCCAACUUCAUUCCCUAAUGAUUUAGAAGCUAUUGUUGACUUGUUAAUACCAGAAUUACAAGCUAGAGGAAUUUUCCAUAAAGAUUAUGCUUCAACUACAUUAAGAGAAAAUGUUAAUAAUGAAAAGGGUAAAACAUUUUUAGGUGAAGACCAUCCUGCUUAUAAAUUUAGAUGGCAAGCUGAUAAAUCAAAAGAAGAGUUUGAAGCUAGUAUAAUUUGA